AUGGAGACGGGCAGGAGCCGCGGCGGCGGCGGCGCGGCUGUCAGCGAGCGCGGCGGCGCGCGCGCGGGGGUCUGCAGGAGGCAGGAGCAGGCCGGGGCCCUCGCUGCAGACAUGGACUCGCAUUGUGAGUGCGCCGCGGAGACGCCCGCCGCAGAGCCGCCGUCGGGGAAGAUCAAUAAGGCUGCGUUCAAGUUAUUCAAGAAGAGGAAAUCGGGGGGCACCAUGCCCAGCAUUUUUGGGGUCAAAAACAAAGGGGAUGGGAAGAGCUCGGGGCCGGCGGGGAUGGUGAGAAGCAGGACCCACGACGGACUAGCCGAGGUGCUGGUGUUGGAGGGCAGCAAGAAGGAGGAGCCGCCUGGCGGGAGCGAUCAGAGCGGGGCCCGGCCGAUCCCCGGACCCCCCAAAGCCUCCGGGCCUGGCCUGGGCUCCCUGGCCAGCAGCUCGGUGGCCAAGUCCCACAGCUUCUUCUCCCUGCUGAAAAAGAACGGGCGAUCGGAGACCAGCAAGGGAGACCAUGCCGAGGCGAGCAAGGCUGGCGGCAAACAAAAGAGGGGGUUGAAAGGGAUCUUCAGCAGCAUGCGCUGGCACCGGAGGGACAAGCGCGGCAAGGAGGAGGAGGAGAAGGCGGCGCGCGCGGCGGGCCCGGGCAGCUUGGUCCUGCCCGGCUCGCUCACCGCCAGCCUGGAGUGCGUCAAGGAGGAGCCGCCCCGAGCUGUGCGCCGCCCGGACAGCCCCAGCCAGGACGCCCCGCGACACGCAGCAGGUGAGCCCGCAGGGGGAGAGCAGGCGCCCGAGUCCGCCGAGCGCGCCCCGGAGCGGACCUGCCUAGAGGCCGCGAGCCCCACCGGCCCUGGCGAUCAAAGCUCCCGGGGAGAGGACGCCGAGGGGCAUCGGCGCGCGGAGAAGCCCGGGGCGGCCCUCGAGUCGGGAGCCGAUGAGGUCCAGGCGGCCGAGGAUGCGUCCAGGACAGGCUGUGGAGAUAUUAUUGCAGACCCAGAAGAAGAGGCAGGCCCCAGCUGUGACAAGCAUGCUCCCGGGCCAGGCAAGCCAGUUCUCUCUAAAAAGAACACCAGCGUGGUGGCCUACCAAGGAGGAGGGGAGGAGAUGGCCAGCCCGGAUGAGGUGGACGAUACCUAUCUCCCGGAAUUCUGGGACAUGUUGUCCCAGACUGAGGACCAAGGGCAAGGAACCCAAGAGGGCGCAGCGAAGGCAGCCACUGCUUCGGACACCAAGUUGGCCCCUGAGACUUCCAGUGAUGCCCGGUGUGGGGAAGCAGCCAAGGACGUGUCCUCUGUCAAGCGCAGGAGGCUCCACAGGAUUCCCAUUGAGUCCCAGCAGAAGGAGGAGCCCAAACACCCGGAGAAGGAGCACCAAGAAGGUGUUCCUAACAACGACGAGGGCUACUGGGACUCCACCACUCCUGGCCCAGAAGAAGAGAGCGUCAGCAACAGCAGUAGCAGCAAGAAGGUGGUCGUCCCCAGGGAUAGCAACAGUGGUGAUGCUCUCUGCGAUCCCUACGUUGAACCUGAAGCAAGCCCAGCUACCCUUCCUGCCACAGAGGACCCACCCUGCUUGUCCCGGCUAAAGCCGGUGUCUCCAGGCACCAUCACAUGUCCUCUGAGAACACCUGGCAGCUUGCUGAAGGACUCUAAAAUCCCUAUUAGCAUCAAGCAUCUCUCCAACCUUCCGUCUAGCCAUCCGGUGGUGCACCAGCAACCAGCCAGGAGUGAGGUGCCCAGAACAAAAAUCCCUGUUUCCAAAGUGCUGGUCCGCAGGGUCAGCACCCGGGGCUUGGCUGGGACCACCAUCAGGGCAGCAGCAUGCCAUGACAGUGCCAAAAAGUUGUGA